GUCGAAUCAGGUCGAAUUCAAUGAGCCGAAAUCGAUACAGCAUGACCAAUUCGUCUUGAAUUGUUUUCGUAAUUCUCCAGCCAAAGAACUGAUCUAUAGCAAAGCUUUUGUAAACGUACCCAUCGCCACGGGACCAGCGAAGGCGCCAAAAUUUUUGGAUCGUAGUGUGAAAAAACCAUCGAUGGCCGUGCUCAUCUUCGAUUCAGUGUCGUUGAAUCAGUUCAAACGGAGUAUGCCGCGGACGACCAAAUUCCUCAUUGACAACGAUUUCUUCACUUUCAACAUGUACAACGAGGCUAUAAUUCGUCAAGGUGAUCCGUGGUCGACAUGUGUUGACGCAAAGUGCUCACUUGCUCAUAAUGUAGCACUCAUGUGGUGA